ACGGUAGUCGCCCAACCUCACGAUGCCGCAAAGUUUCUUGGCCUCUGAAGAAUUGGAGAACGAAUUGCUCAUGACGUCAAUGUCACUGACGGCGGUCGGCAUCUGGAGUCCUUUUAAAAUGCAGCGUCAGCUUCUUUUCAGCGGAUCUUUCGUAGCCAUUCAUCAACAUUCAAGUAUCUAUCCCAUAUCGAACCCGAUAUAUAUCACGGCUCUCGUCUUUAAAGAACACACUGCCAAAAAUGCCUCGCCAGGGAGAAGGUCAUAUUGCCGACAACGCCGUUGAGAACGGCCAAAACAUCAUUCACGGCGCUGGUGAAGUCAAGGACUCACAUGUCGCCCGUGCAGACAAGACUGCGCCCAUGCCUGAGCAUGAGAAGGGUGCCGGUAUCCAGGGCCUGAACGGCAGCGGCGGUCAGAGCCAAGGGCUUGCGAAGGGGGAUAAUGUAGGUCAGGGAGGUCGUUCUUCUUGAUCUCUCGGAAAUUAUGUAUACAACCAGCACUUGGGGGGAAGUUCGAUUGGGGGCGGACAGGUUACAGUGAAUAUGAGUAGCGAUUGAAUUUCCUCUUUACCCUCCAUCCAUGCCCUUGAUCACUGUUAGUAUCAUUCCAAACUUCACUCCACUGGAAAGAAUAAUCAAGACGCAAGCAGAUUAUACCGGGACAUCGUAGCAUUCAUUCACAGUGAACGCUGUCUGCCUUGCAUAAUACUUUAUAUCAACUUAGCUAUUUUAUCAAAUAUAGUUCCCUGUCCUC